AUGGCUGCUGUGAGAGUGCUCCACGAAAUAAAAGUUUCUCCUUUUCCUUCACUUCCAUCUCAACCUCCUCAAACUCUCUCCUUCCUCGACUGUAUUUGGCUCCGAAACUCACAAAUGGUGGAAAGGCUUUUCUUUUUCGACUUUCCUCACCCCACCUCCCACUUCAUUGAACACAACCUCCCCAUCUUCACCAAAUCCCUCUCCCUCACCCUCCACCACUUCUACCCUUUAGCAGGAUCCAUCCGCCCCUCCCCUGAUUCCGACGACCAAUUCGAGAUUGCCUAUGAGGAAGGCGACUCCGUCACCAUCACCGUCGCCGAGUUCGCCGGCGAUGACUUCCGCAACAUAUCCGGUCACCAGCCACGAAACUUCAAAAAGCUUCGUCUUUUGGUGCCGAAACCUGCAAAAACCUUCUCCGGCAGCGAGUUUCCAGCCAUCUCAAUUCAAAUCACGCUUUUCCCCAAUCAAGGCCUUUGUAUCGGCUUCGCAAUAAGCCAUGCUGCCUGCGAUGGAUCCGGAUCGAUGCAAUUCAUCCGAUCUUGGGCUGAUGCCUGCCGCUCGACCGAGCCCACGCUCCACAGCAUCUCCCCUCCAUUCCUCGAUCGAUCCAUUAUUAUUGAUCCUUGCAAUAUGCGCCGAAAAAUUUUCAAAAUGGCACAUAAACUCAAUGAGAUGUACGAAAAGAAUCUAAAGAAGCAGGAUCCAUUGCCAGUUUUUGAUCCUCGCUUGGUCUCUGCAACUUUUUCUCUCAGCAAAUAUCAAAUUGAGCGGCUGAAAGAGCGGGUGCAGGCGAAGGGUGCAAAAGAAGGGAAGCCAUCAUUUCACAUCUCGGCAUUUUCUGUAACCUGCGCUUAUGUAUGGAGCUGCCUCGUGAGAGCUCGGGGAUAUGAUAAUGAAAUCAAUCAAUGUUUCGGAUGCGUUGUGGAUUGGAGGAAGAGAAUGAAGCCACCGAUUCCGAGCAAUUACUUCGGGAACUGCUUGGGAAAUUUUUUGACGGAGUUGAAGGCAGGAGAGGUUGCAGGGAAGGAUGGGAUUGAAGUGGCGGCCAUGGAAAUUGGGAAGAGCAUAGAUGGAUUGCAAGGGAGGGAUGUUGUUGAGGUAUUAGAAUCGGCGUUCAAUACGUAUUUGGAAAUGAUGGGGAGCAGAUUAUUAACAGUUGCUGGAUCGCCAAAGCUUAGGGUUUACGAGGUUGAUUUUGGAUGGGGGAGGCCGGUGAAGGUGGAGAUUACUUCCAUUGGUGAGACCGGAGCCAUGUCUCUAGCUGAGAGCAGAAAGGAGAAGGGAGGAAUGGAGAUUGGUUUGGUACUUUCUGAAGAGGAGAUGAACAAGUUUGGAAUGAACUAUGCAACGGCUUUGUUGGAUCUAUAG